GUUUGGUGGCCUCUCGCGUUCGUUGGGCCAGGGCGCGCGACGUGCUGCAGGCAACGUCGUCAGACAGGCUGCUCGCACUCCAAUGGCCAUGGAGGCAACGAUGCCUCAAGCUUGGAUGACGAAGCCUUUGCUAAGGCCUUUCAGUGUCCUUGGUGCGUCGAGCAUGCAGCAGCUGGCGGCUCCGCUGCUGAAGCCCGCAAUGCCCGCGCGGCCCAUGCCGCCUGUCAUGGCUUCAGUGCCACCGCAGGCAAGCACGGAGGUCCUAGAGGAGACUGCGUCGGCCACACCAACGACAGGGCUUACGGACUUGUGCAAGAAAGACUCCAUGGUUUUUGAGAUUGGCAUCUCCUUCGUGGUGCUGCACUACCAAUCCAUCUUUAUCGGCGUCAUGCGUUGCCUGUUCCAGGCUUUCCGUCCUCUGCUGAUCCUCUUCAUCUUCGGACAAAUCAUUAAGGCAGUUUUCUUCAUUGCGGGUGCGCCGAUUUGGAUGUCAUUCUAUUCCAUCUGGAUGUUCGAGGUGACUUACGGACUGGCUCAGUGUGCAAUCUCCUUCAUCUUCAUCAGCUUCUUCUACAACAACCUUUCCUUCGCCCGCAUGCGCCCGGCCUUGGGCCACAUGCUGCGCCAGCAGAAGGAGAAGCUGGCGCGUGCGGCGCGCGCUCUGCUGUGA